AUGCUGGUUACCGUGUUCACAGCAGCCUUGCUAGCCCUGAGCUCUCUUCAGAGCUUCAGUGAAGCAAUCCCCCACGGUCCCCCACGCCAAGGUUUUGGUCCUAGGCCAGGUCCACCCCAGAGAGGCCCACCCCAACAAGGCCCACCCCAGCGAGGCCCACCCCAGCCAGGUCCACCCCAGAGAGGCCCACCACAGCAAGGCCCAGCACAGCAAGGCCCACCACAGCAAGGCCCAGCACAGCAAGGCCCACCCCAACGUGGCCCACCCCAGCAAGGGCCACCCCAACAAGGAGGCCCUCAGCAGAACCAAGGCCCUCGGCCUGGAAACCAGCAAGGCCCACCACAACAAGGAGGCCCUCAGCAGAACCAAGGCCCUCAGCCUGGAAACCAGCAAGGCCCACCCCAACAAGGAGGCCAACAGCAGAACCAAGGCCCCCAGCCUGGAAACCAGCAAGGCCCAUCCCAACAGGGAGGCAGACCUCAGGGACCUUCCCAGGGCCAGGGUCCUCAGUAA